AUGGAUGAAACUGUUGCUGAGUAUAUCCGAAGAACUGUACUAAAAAUCCCACGAAGUGAAAUCAAGACAAUGCUACAGAAAUGGGGCUUUCUUUCUGAGGCACAGCUGCAAACCAUAAACUUCGGUCAGAUAAAGGAGAAUAUUUCUCAAGACGUUGUUCAACUCUGUGAGGAAAAUUCUGCAGACAUAAAGCAAGCAGCUGUCCUAGAUAUAAUUUACAGCCACAUCUAUCCAGACAAAAGAGUGUGGCAUGUUUACCAGAUGAACAAAACAGGGGAAGAAACGGCAUUUUUUGACUUAAUGGAUUUCAAAAAAAAAUUUAAAAGACGGCUUCGGUCAGCCUUGAAAAAUGUCACCAUCAACUUUAGAGAAUACGAGGAUAAUGCAAUCUGGAUUAGAAUUGCCUGGGGAACACCUUAUACAAAACCAAACCAGUACAAGACCAGCUAUGUUGUGUACCAUUCACAGACUCCCUAUGUCUUCAUUUCUGCCUCAGUGCUUAAGAGCAACUUGCCUCUGCUAUGUCAGGCCCUGGUUGUUGCUGCCAAUUACCGUGACAUCCGUGAAAUGGAGCUUCGAGGUCAUUCUUUAAACUCCCUUAAAGAUAUUGUGUUUAAGAGAUAUAGCCAGAACUUCCAAAGUUAUUAUCCAAGACCUCUACAAGAAAGAAAAGUAGCACCAGAAAGUGAUUUAAGGAUAGUUCAAGAAAACAAAAAUGAGAAAGAGAGAAUACAGAGUGUGAAUCGGGAAGUUUUUGGUGAUGGUCCCCAACCAAAACUUGAAUUUGCACAAUAUAAGCUUGAGACGAUGUUUAGAAGUGAUCCUAAAAUGGAUGUUUUGGAUAAAAGAGAACCAUUCAGAUGUCUGGUCAAGUUUUCUAGUCCACAUCUCUUAGAAUCUCUGAAAUCCUUGGCACCAGCGGGUAUGGCUGAUGCACCACUUUCACCACUACUUACGUGUAUACCACAAAAAGCUAGGAAUUAUUUUAAAAUUAGAGAGAAAAAAGCCUUCAUUCCAGGAAGCUUUGUAAGCCCUUAA